GCCGAAGAAGAGCGCGAGGAGGCAAAACACCAGCGUUUGUUGUUUUAGCGCCGCAGGACUCCAAUUUUCUGUUCACGGAAUGAAACGUGGUUGAAAUGCAGUUCUGAUGUUAUAUAAACGUUUAAUCAGAUAAUAAGACAAUGUUACGCUCUCGUUUUGUGGAGGACCUUUGAAUUAAGUAGCUGGUACGUGAGACUAGUCUGAAGUGUUUUAAACUGGAAACCAAAACAUUCCUUCUACAUGGCUUAUCACCAUGAUCGAAGUUCCAUCAGAGAGGCAUAUGAAGAGCAGUUUUCAGCGUUGGAUUCACGAGAGGUGACAGUUCAUCGAGUUGUUAACAUUGUGGAAAAGAGGGGCUCCGCACCAUGGCAGGGGUCAGAGUAUGAGAGAGGAUAUGAUGAUAACCAGCAACACAAUGAUCGUAGUAAUUACUCCAGUACCAGAGGAUAUUACAGGGAAGACCAUUUUCCCCCUUAUGAUAGUCGAUACUUUGAUGAAAACCCCAACUAUGGCAGUUUUCACAGAAAUUCAUCACCCCAACGAAAUGAUGGCUCAUAUUCUCAAAAGUAUUACGACCAAAAUGAUCUGAGGCAUCAUCUAAGUUCAAGAAACAGGAACAGAGGACAUCAUCCCCGACAGAGAGGUCGAGGUUUAGGCCCUCCGAGGGAGAACCGUGAGGACUACAGGACAUCGAAGUCUUUUGUGAUCACAAGGGAUCGCUCUCCUUCAAAGGAAGCCCAAGCCCAGCCACCACCUCGUUCCAGGUCUACCUCCAGCAACAGGAGUUUCUCUCCUGAGAGAGAGAAAAACUUCUCCUACCAGCAGCAGCAGCAAAAGCAAAAGACCAACGUGGAGAAGAUCCAAACUCCCAGCAGCUCUGCUGAAGGGUCUCCUCAUAGUUCACUUUCUUCAAAGGAAAAAACAUCUGCGUCUGCAGCGGAGUCAGCGGAGCCAGAGGAGGCAGCAGCUGCCAGCGUGGAGCCAACUCUGACACCAGAGGAGGACCUAAAGGCUCGCCGGUGGGAGGCCAUUAAUGCUAAAGUUCUGGAAAUUGAGAAGCAUUACAGCCAGGACUGUGAGACGUUUCGCACCGUGGUGAAGAUGCUGGUGGACAAGGAGCCCAGUUUAGAAAGUGUGCUGCAGGCACCGCUGGAUAAGAACCUGUUCGAGCUCCGACAGCGCUGUCUUGUUGCCCUGAAGAGUUUUGUGACGGAGCUGGACGAGAUACUGGAGCUGCCACACAACUCCGAAUAAACCUGUACCAUGCUGCUUCUGACUUGUGUGUGAAGAAUUUACU